AUGGUGUUCGUCAAACCCACACGAAGCCUACUCUAUCAUGCCCUCCUGACUUCUCCAGUCCUGGGGGGAGGAUGUUGGCAAGGCUCAGACUGCACCGGCCCUCUGGAACCAUCAUUCUCAGGGCCUUGGGAAGCCAACUCGUAUUCUCCCACCUCGCGGACGCUGGCUCCUGUUAGCAUCCUCGACUCGAGCAAUAAUGUAGUGUCGAGCUACCCCGGCGAUUCCAGUCUCAUCGGAGACGACGCCCUUUUGGUGUUUGAUUUUGGCAAGGAAGUUGGCGGUAUUGUGACCCUCAACUACACGGCAUCUGGCGACGGCACUCUGGGGCUGGCGUUCACAGAGGCCAAAAACUUCACCGGAUCAACCUCGGACAGCUCCAACGGGGGCAGCGGCACCGAUGGUUUCCAGUAUCAGAAUAUUUCGUCUACUACGGCGGCCGACGGCACGUACACAUUGCCGUUGGGUAACUUGCGCGGUGGGUUCCGGUACCUCACGCUCUUCAAUAUCGCAGGAAGUGCGCCACUGAGUGUCAACAUCACCGGGAUCGAGCUCGAACUCGCAUUCCAGCCGACCUGGUCAAACCUGCAAGCAUACGGCGGGUAUUUCCAUUCCAGCGACAGCCUGUUGAAUCGCAUCUGGUACGCCUGCACUUACACAGUUCAGACGAAUACCAUUCCGCCAGACACCGGUCGCGUGUGGCCGCCGCCCGCCAGUGGAUGGUUCAACAGUGCAGUGCUGGCCAAUAGUUCUUCUGUCGUGGUGGACGGUGCCAAACGUGAUCGUGCCAUCUGGUCCGGAGACCUGGGCAUCUCGGUCCCCAGCGUGCUGAUUGGCACUGGUGAUCUUGAAUCCGUCCAAAACACGCUGACGUCCGUUUAUUCCAACCAGCAAACCUCGGGAGAAUUUUUUGCAGCUGGCCCGCCCAUCGGAAUGUCUGGCUCUGAUACGUAUCACAUGAUCUCGAUGAUUGCCACGCAUGACUAUGUGCUGUACAGUAACGAUCUGGACUGGCUGGCGUCGGUCUGGACAGGAUACCAAAACGCCAUGACCUUCAUUACGAGCAAAAUCGACACAACUGGGUUGAUCAAUGUCACUGGCGGCAUUGGCUGGGGCCGAACUUCUACCGAGUCUGGAUAUAGCACCACGGGCAACAUGUUGCUGUAUCGGACGUUGAUUUCUGGAGCGAAAUUGGCUGAAUGGUUGGGUCAACCUUCUUUGACCACUACUUGGGAGGGCCUGGCUGCCACGUUGAAGGCUGCUAUCAACAGCGAGUCCUAUAACUGGGACUCGAGUGUCGGGGCAUUCAAAAAUACGGCCACGGACAGUAGCGUCUACCCGGAAGAUGGAAAUAGUAUGGCAUUGUAUUUUGACGGAGCGGACGCUUCCUACGGCACGAAUAUUAGCAACCAACUGCUGACCAACUGGGGAACCUUUGGAGCAGAGACUCCCGAGUGCCCAGGCACUAUCGUGCCCUUCAUUGAGAGCUAUGAGAUCAAAGGCCAUCUGGCGAUUCGAGAGACGCAGAAUGCUCUAGAUCUGAUUCGUCUCAGCUGGGGAUGGUAUUUGAACAACCCGUACGGCACGGAGAGCACGAUUUUGGAGGGGUACAAUGUGGACGGCUCGUUCGAGUACCGCGAUAGUGGCUACAACAAAGGUGGCACGUAUACCUCGCACUCGCACGCCUGGAGCACGGGACCCACGGACGCCCUGGUGUCGUACAUCGUGGGAUUGCGUCCCACGGCCCCCGGUGGCAGUCAGUGGACGCUGGAGCCGCAGUUUGGAGACUUGACUUCGGCCGAAGGAGGAUUUACUACGCCACUGGGCAAGUAUUCGGCCAAGUGGGCGCUCACCAACUCCACCAACUCGACCGGAUACACGCUCGAGUUUGAUGUGCCACAAAACACCUCAGGCGUGGUGCUGCUGCCGUCGCAGUCGAAACAGCCUCAGGUUAGUUGGAAUGGCACCUCGACCCUCCAACCCGUGUUCAAUGCAUCGACCGGGUUGACGCAGGUCUCAGCCACGGGGGGAAAUUACAAGUUGAGCAUCGUAUAUUAA